GUCACUGCCGCACCUGCGCGGCUUGUAAAAAACAGGGAGGAAAGGAGCCGGAAAGUCAGUCUGGGGUGAUUAUACAACACGAUCUGUAAACGGUGCACAAAACUCAGAAGUCCUCUUUUUAUUGCUGCUAUUCAAAGCUCAGUACUGGCUUAGCGUUUGCGGUCAGCCGGUGAUCAAAAGGCGACUCAGAGCGCUCCGACCAGCUGGACAAACAAUAAACAUCUCUUUGCUGUCACAUCAUGAACCCUGAAUAUGACUACUUAUUCAAGCUUCUUCUAAUUGGAGAUUCUGGAGUUGGAAAAUCCUGCAUUCUUUUACGAUUUGCAGACGACACCUACACAGAGAGUUUCAUCAGCACUAUUGGAGUGGAUUUCAAGAUCCGAACUAUUGAGUUGGAUGGAAAAACGAUUAAACUGCAGAUAUGGGAUACUGCUGGCCAGGAGAGAUUCCGAACCAUUACAUCCAGUUACUACAGAGGAGCUCACGGGAUCAUUGUUGUGUAUGAUGUUACAGACCAGGAGUCCUACAACAACGUAAAACAGUGGCUGAAGGAAAUUGACCGCUAUGCGAGUGAGAACGUCAACAAACUACUUGUAGGGAAUAAGUGUGACCUAACUACAAAAAAAGUUGUGGACUACACCACAGCUAAGGAGUUUGCUGACUCUCUUGGCAUCCCUUUCCUUGAGUCGAGUGCUAAAAAUGCCACAAACGUGGAGCAGGCCUUCAUGACCAUGACAGAGGAAAUAAAGAAGCGAAUGAGACCAGGGGCUUCUGGGGGUUCAGAGAAGCCUGAUCUGAAAAUCGAGAGCACCCCAGUACAGCAGUCAGGCAGCGGGUGCUGUUAGGACACUGUCAUAUAUUCUCAGGGAGAGUGAUGAGCUGACAGGUUUUGAGGACUGGACACUGAGUAUUGUAUGGAGGUGGCAAAUCUGGAAAUAUUUAAUGACAGACAUUGUCCUAAGUGGUGCUCAAUAAAGUCAGAAAUCAUUACUGUUGUUUGACUAAAGAAACGCUCACAUGGCUCUUCCCAUAUUUAUGCUGACAUGUUUAAAAUUUACCAUUAAAGCACAGGCACGCAUUGAUUCAGGUACUUGCCUGAAAAUUGAAAAUGAAAAUGUCCAGAUCACUGUGCAGCAUCCACAAUUGGUCCAAUAAUAUGAUUAUUCAAAAAUACUAGUUGCAACUCACUGAAUUGGUGCCCUUGUUUGUGCUUUACAAGGAGGUCUGUGUCAGAGUUGUUGAGUGGUCAUUGCCAGUAUUGUACAUCAGCUUGGUUGGGCUCUGACCCUCCAAGCAUGUGUGGUGUUUUACUGUGGUUCUUUAAAAUAAAACUAUGUUGUUUUGUGUUAAGUGGUUUCUAU